AGUUGAGAAAACAAGAAAAGAAAAGAAAAAGAAAAUAAUCAAAUCUGGGAAAGGUAGUCAGGCGAUUCAUAUUAGGACAAAACGAUUUAUCAAAAAGACGCAACUCUGCUUUUGGUCUGCAACCCACCUCCACAUUAUCUCCUCCCCCUCUGUAUUUCUCUCUCCCAUUGGAAUUCUUUGCUCACAAGAGAAAGAACUGAAGAGCCACAGAGAGAGAGAGACAGAGAGCGAGCUAAAAAGUACACACUUGCUUUGUAGUGUGAGAAUUGGAAAGCAAAGCAUGGCAUUUGCAGGAACAACCCAGAAAUGCAUGGCUUGUGACAAGACUGUCUACCUUGUCGACAAGCUCACCGCCGACAACCGUAUCUACCACAAAGCCUGUUUCCGAUGCCAUCACUGCAAAGGAACACUCAAGCUUGGCAAUUACAAUUCCUUCGAGGGAGUUCUGUACUGCAGACCACACUUUGAUCAGCUCUUCAAAAGGACUGGUAGUCUCGACAAAAGUUUCGAAGGGACACCAAAAAUUGUGAAACCAGAGAAACCCAUUGACAGUGAGAAACCUUUGGCGAAUAAAGUCUCAAGCAAGUUUGGGGGAACCAGAGAAAAAUGUGUGGGUUGUAAGAACACCGUCUAUCCAACUGAAAGGGUUACGGUGAAUGGAACUGCGUACCACAAGAGUUGUUUCAAAUGCACCCAUGGCGGAUGUGUAAUCAGCCCAUCCAACUACAUAGCACAUGAGGGCCGUCUUUACUGCAAGCACCACCACAUCCAACUGAUAAAGGAGAAGGGUAACUUAAGCCAGCUCGAAGGCGACCAUGAGAAGGAACCUGUAAACGAGAAACUCAAAGCCAGAGAAGUCGCUGCAGAGUCAUGAUCUGCCAAAGAAAUCGUUCUGGUCGUUUCACUCGCUUCAGUCUGUGUUGAUUCAGUACGUUUUACGAUGGUCUACCGAUGGAGAUUUUAAUGCUUCCAGUUUUUGAGUGCGAUUGUUUGUUGUUUUGGGUGAUAUCGCAAGGUUGUGGAUGCUUAAGUGGGAAGACAAGGCUUAACUAUUCUUAUAAUCAUAUGACAAGUUAUCUGCUGGUAUCAUUUGUGAUUUAUCAUUGCCCUCUAAUCGAUUUUGAAUAAAUGUGUAUGUAUGAUUCCUUUUUC